ACGAUAUUGGCUCCUGCCACCAGCUUCGGCCUGGCAAUUUGGCAAUUGGCUGGUGCUGGUAAGCGACAUGCAGCGGCUGGCUGUUCCAAGGCAAAGAGCCUGUCAAUGAGGGGGAAGGGGGCUGUGUCCUAUGCGGUAACAAUGCAAUUCGUCCAUCUUCCGGUUGGAGAGGAUCUCCAGCUGCACGCGCGGGUUAACAGGCUGGCUUGCAUGGCGUAUUGAGCCGACACAAUGCAAGCGGUGAGGUGGAAUUGGAGAUGUUGAGCAGCGAUGGAAGGGGAACCAGCAGCCAGCGGCUCCACUGGGGUUGAACUUGAAGUGAAAUACCUGUCCAAAGGAAUUUUGUUAUCGUGAUAGCUACGAGAUCCAUUGACCUCGAUCAUCGCCUCCAAGCUGACAUCGCUGUACGCGUCCGUCCCAACAAGAGUCAGCCUCACCACCAACCACAACCCCUUCAGACUCGUAACAUUAUGGACACUGGCCUGACCGCCGCUGAGUCGCGCGAGCUCGACGCCCGCCUGCAGAAGCGCCAAGUCAAAGAGUUCAUGACCGUCUUCGGCAACCUCGUGGACAACUGCUUCAACGCGUGCGUGGACGACUUCACGUCCAAGGCGCUCUCGGGCCGCGAGUCCGGCUGCAUCAGCCGGUGCGUGACCAAGUCGAUGACGACGCAGACGCGCCUGGGCGAGCGCUUCGCCGAGCUCAACGCCGCCAUGACCGCCGAGAUGCAGAAGCGGUAGAGAGAUUCUCAGGAAUAUCAUAAACGAUCUUCUUUCUACUUCUUCUCCACUGCCCUGCGCUGUUGAACGGUUUGUCCCUUCAAAUGGGAUCGUACGGUGGUUUGCGUUUGAGAAGGAGAGGAGGAGGGGGAUAGAUGGGUUGGCGGGUUUGGAUGGAUUACGGGGGCUUGAUGGGGUGAGGGAAGAAAAGGAAGAACGAUAUCUCGACUCCAAAAAAACGAUGCUCUGCCGGGCCUUGGUUCCAUGGUUAAUCAUCACCAGAGACAGAACAGUGGAAUGGGCGGAUGGGCUGUACAUUAUCAGACGGGUGGUCGGCCACGGAUCCAAGGCGGGAUAGCCAGCCAUUGAGGCAUGGGGAUAGACGGAUGGUUGGGAUCUGGUGCUGGUUUUCGGACCGUGUAAUAAUAAGAGUCAGUGCAGGCGCCGAGUGCGCUGGGGUAACUGGGAUGUCUCAACCUUGGCUGUCGGUUGUGUUAUGCAAGCUGAGGUCGCUAUCCUGACCGUGGGCUCGAACGAAAUAAGGAUGCCACAUCCAAUAACCUCUUACCUGAGAAGAC